CAUGUCAAGUGCCGGAGAUCUAACAAACUCCGCUACAUGCGAGUGCCACAGUGCGACACCUAGACUUAACUCUUCAAAUUAUAAAGAGACGACUAGUUCCAUUAACUCAAUGUUAUACUACUGAGCGCCGCGCAAGUUCAUGCAAGCAAGUGUCUAUUUCGGAACAAUGCACUUUCCUAUUGGACUAUGGACUCUACCACAAACGAUGGCCCGUCACGAGUCUGUCAAGCUCCCUGCGGUUAAAAAUUCUGAUGUAUCUUCAGACAAGGUCGCUGCUAUGCCGGAGCAUGUCAAGAAGCAGCUAUCUCCUAGGACAGAGUCUGAGAUAGGGAACAAUAUAAUUUCUGACGAUAAUACAGAUAUGAAGUCGACCGGGGUAAAACAUGAAGAAGAUAGCCUUUCAUUAAGAACAUAUGGAUAUAUUUACGACAAGAUACUCUACCGCAUCAUGCUUGGCUUCCAAUGCAGGAAUUUAUCGACCUGGUCACACUUUUUGGAACAGAGCAACUCCUCAAAUAGCGAGGCCUGUCGGCCUAUGGAACGCUCCAAAUUCUGGGCCGUACUAAUUGGCAUUGACUGCUAUGAAUCGUAUCCUUUACAGGGCUGCGUAUCAGAUGCUUUAUUAAUGGAGCGAUACCUGAAAGAGGACCUUGGGGUGCCACAAGAACGAAUACAGCUACUUCUUGGCUCACAAUACGCAUCAUCCAAAACAUCCUCUUUCCCAUCUCGUGCCAAUAUCAUUGAUGCAUUUCUCAGUCUCAUCCAUAACCCUCAAAUCGAAGUGGGUGAUAAUAUCAUCAUAUACUUUUCCGGCCACGGCUCGGGGUACUCUUUAAAGGAAUAUUACCUCAGAGACGCUGAUUCCGACGAUGUUGAAGAAAAUCCUGGCACAGUAGAUGAAUCCAUUGAGGCAAUCUGCCCCAUCGACAGAGAUACAAUGGAUUCCCGUGGGUUACGAGUUCCCGACAUCAGCGACCGAGAGAUAAACGCCAUCUUUCGGCAGAUCUCUUGCAGCAAGGGUUACCGAAUUACGUUCAUUCUUGACUGCUGCCAUUCUGGUACCCAUACCCGCCAUUUCCCAGAGCCCGGUACACGUACUAUUCCCCCGUUACCACGCUCCUCUCUCAGACGUAUGCUCCACAUGGUUGACGAGAAUCUCGACCGAUAUCCGUCUUACGAAUCAGUUUUGGGGGCGAAUUGGCGCCCCGACAUGUCUUCUCAUGUCAUUCUCGCUGCAUGCAAGGAGUACCAAACUGCAAAGGAAGUUGAAAGUGAGACGGUGUAUAACGGGGUUUUCACCCGGGCACUUAUUGAUACCCUCAGAUCCGGAAAUCUGAGUAAAGAGUCGACAUACGUUGACCUUAUUUUUUCCCUCCCAUGGAGCCGCGGGCAGACUCCCGUUGUUGCUGGGAAUCAUAAGUGGGAUCGUCUUUGGUACAAGGACCAAUAGACAGACCAUGCGGUAUUGUACUCCAAUUCUCAUUUCAAUGUUUCUCCCGGGCCCGAUACGACCUACAUUUUUACCUAUCUCAUUCAACAGUGUAUCGUCCCAUUCUAAGCUGGUGUAGUGUGCGAUGCUUCUAUCAGUCAUGUUUCUUUUCUCGGCUUCGUUUGAGUGAUCUUUGUCCUAGG